GCUUGAUGGUGUGCGCCUGAAAAAAUCCACUGCUACUUCCACCUUCCUCUGCCGUCACUCUUAUUUCUCACUGGUAAUCCAGCCGCGAAGGCCUCUGGUUGACAGGCGCAAAGGAGAGCAAUUUGUUUUUUUCAAGUAUUUUUGCAGUAUUAAGGAUUUCAUGACUACAGACCUGUUGCCCUGGCCAUAUGAAGGACAUCACAAGCACUUUGUCUCUCAAGUAAACGGGUUGGCGAAUGAUGCAGUCAGCACAGGACUAAACUACGUCCUGCACCAUCUCAACUAGCCAACGACAUACACCAGGAUUCUGUUUGUGGACUUCAGCUUGGUCUUUCACACCAUCAACCCAAACAUCCUCCACCAGAAGUUCACCCACCUCACAGUGCUGGCCUCUACCUGUGAGCGGAUCACCAGCGUCCUGACAGACCGGCAGCAGAAGCGGUGCUCCAUACCCAAGGAGAAGGCCAACGCCCCAUGCAGCCAGCCAUCUCCUCUGCCCGCCCCGCCCUCCUCUAACAGACUCACCAGUUUAUUUCUCAGAGACUUUCCUUCAGGCUGCUUUCUUUUCGUCAAUCCCCGCCUGCUUCAACUGGAGCUGCGUUCAACAACACCGAGGAUGGCUGCUGAUACAACCGAGACCAGUCCUACAAACUUUGUGGAAAGGCUGAAAACUUACGUGCGGACCCAGAAAGGCUCCAUCCUCGCUGCAGAAAUAGUCCUGAGUCUUAUAAUCCUCAUCUGCUAUGCUGCGUCCCGGUAUGGAGGCUACACUGCUGUUGCCAUCUGUGAGAUGGCCAUUGCCAUAGUCUUCUUCUGCGUCUUCAUGAUGGACCUAGACAAGCAGAUUAAAGUUGUCAACUGGGUCUGGAGUGAUCUUAUCCGUGCUUUUACUGGCACCCUAUGUUACAUCAUCACGUCUCUCAUCUGCGUCAUCAGAGGAGCCGGGGAUGGAGCACUCAUCGCAGGCGGGGUGUUUGGUUUGAUCGCUGGUAUCCUGUUUGCAUAUGACACGUACACUAUCUACUUGCAAAUCAAGAGCGACAGAUCGCAAACAGCAGGUCCCGCUGAUGAAAGAGUUUAAACAGUCCACGCCACAAGCAUCUGUCAGCAACGCUGCAGGAACACAAGACCAGAGAAGAGCAGCUCAAUAAGGGAAGAUGGACAGUAAAAUAAGCAGGUCACAGUUUUAAUUGUUGCAACUGUAUGGUGUGAACAAAUGAGAUGUAUUUUAGGGCCGUGCCUGAGAGGAGAAUGACAUAAAAAAAGUGAGAGGUACUGUACAUCUGUGUCUGCGUGUGCUACACGGGGAAUCCCCUGCCCCAAGUUUUGUUUCGACCAAAAUAGACCAUGAACUAAACAGGGAAACCUGCCAUUAAUGUGGUUACAUAAGACUCUGGUUGGUGUCCUUAAGUAGCUUUUCUAAUACAUUUCUCUGCUGUUAAUGGACUGCUGUUGGAAAUAUUAACGUUAUUUAGGACUUUAGAAGAAACUGACACAUUGGGGGUUAUUUAAACACAUCUUUUUGUCUUUGCCUUCAGUUGUUUUUUGUAAACAUUUUCUCAGUCCGUUAAAUAUUUCAACCCGUUAUUUAAUCACUGCAGUCUCUCUGCGUUACAGUGCCUUAAAUGCAAAGUUCAGGUUUUUUGAUGUAGGGUUUUGUUGAGAGGUUAUGAGCAAUAACUUUCUCACCUGCCUUAGUUAACUCUCCUAGCAUCUUCACAUUGAUAAAACAGAUUCGAUUUCUGGCUACUGGCUAAUCAGAGUGGCAAGCCAUUAAAUAAGCCAAUAUUUGCCAUGUUUUAUUUAGAUUUACAGCGAGCUAAUGAUUGGAGUUGAACACUUUUCACUUUGACCUUUUGUCCUUGACUGGUGACGAGCCAGUUGGAAACUUUAAGAUCCAAUCUUUUCUAAUGAACACACCAUGCUAGCGCUACCAGCUCACUCUUUGAUGUAGAAGCUGUUACUGUGGGUAAAACGCUCAGGGUGCAUUCACACUGCUGUAGGUUAGCUAUUUAAAGUAUCGCUGACGGGCCAGAUAAAUCAGAGAUGCCAGAACCUAUUUAAAGAAAACUGUAUUUUCUACAGUUUUUUUGUGCUUCGUUCUGAUGUAGGACAAUAAGAGGCCACAAGACUCAGCAGCCAACAGGAAGGGCCAACAGAGUACAGCAAAGGGGUUCUUUCGUACGUUUUUGAGCUUUUAACCUCCGUCUAUAAUGGUGCUAGAUUUAGUAAUGUUGGUAGCCUUUUAAAAAUCUUAUGUUUGGCUUGUAUCCUGUCGUCUUUGGUUAGAUACCGCUCUAUGGGAUCCCACACUCUCCUGUAUGUUUCCAGAGUGUUUUGUCUUGCCUGCCGAAGCUUUUUCUGGCUCUUUAAGUGUGACAUAAAGCCACAGACCAAGCAGCAGCCUUACCAUUGCUACCAUUUCCUUCACUGUUGCAUUAUGUUUGUGUCGCACACAGAUCGCCUCAACCUUACAUUUUGGGCCACCUUGCUAUGACGACCACACCCAUAUUGAGGUGGUACUGAACUGAAUGUUCAGAGUUGAGUAGAGCCGAGUUAGGUUCAGCUGAACAGGCACUAAUGGAACAGAACCAUAUGAGUUAUAUUAGGGAUCUACAUUCUUUUAUGUCCCUUUUCCACUAGCUCGAUUUGGUCUGCCCGGAACGGUUCCGCAUGGCCUUGCACGGCUCUGCACUUUUUAUGUUGCGUUUCCAUUGACCCGCUUUUGCCCCACGGAAGGUAAGACCUCCUGGAGUUGUAGCUCCUCUUACGUCAUGUGUUGUGCUGCAUAACCGUGCCGAAACACGUGGCGGCGGAAGUGCACCGAUAAACACCUUUUCAUUCCUUGUAGCCCCAUCCAGCUGCUGCUGAGUAUUCCAGUCUCCUAUGAUCGCCAGAAAAGAUUGCACCUUGUUGCUGCAAGGGGUAACUUUUCCGGAUGAUUUUGAGGACUCGGUCUCUUAUUCGGUUGACUGCAUGUUUGAAAAUGGCGGUUGUUUUUUUUUUUUUUUUUAUGCUGGUCGAAUCUUACGGCUGGCCACGCCCAUGGCCAAUCAGUAAACAGCAGUCUGUUCACUGAUUGGGCCUCGAUAGUAUCAUGUCUGAACCUGGCACUAAAAAAGUAGGUGCCGGUACUUAAAAAACAGUAAUGGAAAUGCUCACAAAGCGAGCCAAGUGGAGCCGAGUCAGGCCAAAUCAAUCCAGUGGAAAAGGAGCAUUAGGAAUACACAAUUAGACUGCUGUCUUAGUAAAGCUGUGUCAGGUCAGCACUUUUUAAAAAACAGUGAUUGAAAAUCAGCCACAUAAUUCUGAUUGGUGCAUCUGUAAUUAUAUAUAAAACAUCGUCAGAGUGUGUGCUGCUUGGUCAAUGGUGAGUUUUCAGUCAUCUGUACCUUGGUGAAUACGUUCCUACCUACAGAAGGUUAUCAUCUGUACCAGGGAAUCUGUCUCCUUCGGUGGCUAUGUACAAGGAAAGGCUGACUUGUUAACAUGAUGCGUAUGAGUCCCCCUAAAAAGUCUUCAUCCAUUUUUUGCAAUGUGCAAAAGGAAAAGAAAACUACUGCCUCAGACAGCCCAUUUCUGCUACUAAUACACUGGUGUUCUGGAUCCCAAAAAAUUGGCAAAAUGUGGACCACAAAUCAGACCAAACCACCUUAGACAGAAAAGCAUUGGGUCCCAGCAAACUAACCAUGAGACUUAAGACCAAACAGCUUUGGACCAAACAGACUCAUCGUUUGCUAUUCUGAGGCCCCAGCCACCCUCCAGCCUUUGCAGCUGUUACACUGAAUUCUGCAAUAUUGUCACUCUAUAUAACCCAAUUGCCUCUAUACAUACAGCUCAACCUUAGAGGAUGAUGCUGGGUGAUGCUGGAGGGUAACAAAAUUUCCCGACAUUUUUAUUCGAAUGUCAACUUUUAUGUAACAAGAAAAUGAUUAAAACAUGUCUGAAUCCCAGCUUUACAUUAUCUUACAUGUUUUAUCCUAUAGAUCUCAGAAACUUUUAAUUGUUAUUACUACAAUUAUUAAUUUUAAAAUUUCGGAUCUCUGUUUUAUCAAAGUGAAGAAUCUAAGAGUUACCUUUUAUCUAAAGCUUAAAAAGACUGAACUAUUUACAGUCCCAUUAUAUUAUCUGCUUGUUACUUCAUCCUGUUCCAUUUUUUAUUCCUGAGUCCCAAACAGUGGGUUCUGUGGUUAUUUAUCAAUAAUAUUCUGUUUUUGUUUUUUUAUGUUCUAAUAAUGUAUCUUCUGGAUCUCCAGAAGUUAAUUUUUUUGUGUGAACAAUUUUUUAUUUUUUUUCCCUAUUUUUUCUAAUAUUCAAUAAUUUGCAUAAUCAAAUUAUCAAUACCACACAGACUGUUGCCAUCCCUCACUUUUACUUACCAUCUUUGAUUCUUGCUCAGGUUAUGAUUUCUUGAAUGCUCGUGUAACACAUUUUUUAAGGUUAAAAUCAUAUUUCUGUUGAGAUUUUUUCCUAAAACAUUGGGGGUAUUUUUUGUAGUGUGCAUGUUCUCUUAAAAAAGACAGAUGAUAUAAAUGUAAUGUUGAAGAACAGUUUGUUGGAGGAAAAUCUUGACAUUCUAAUGUUUUUGUCUGCAAUCUGUCUCUUUAAACUCAGAUUUCCUUUGCUUUUGAAAAUAAACCAUGAUUACAACACUGA